ACCAAAAUAACAUAAGCAGGCUUAGCAGAUACAGUUAGUACCCGUUGGGAUUUUAAAUACAAUUGAACUAGCAAGCAAACGUCGAAACCAAUAAUUAAAUACAGUUAAAAGUGCAAAUUUCUUUGGCUCGAAAAAUUGGUAAAGUUUGAUAAAUAGUAAAGAUAUACAGCUCUACAAACAUGCCAAAAUUUGAGAAAAAUCGAGAUGAACAUUUGUUUCCAAAGCCCUACUCAAAGGGAGUGGAAGGCGGCAGCAGCUCGCAGCAGUGCCAAAAUGCCUGCAAUAAUACAAAAAAUGCAGAUGGCGAAGAUAAUCACAAGCUGUUUAACUGCGCAAAUUCAUUAAGCACACAGAAUGUCCUCAAAAGAUUUAUGAAGUAUCACAAAACAUCAAUACAAAAUUGUAAGAGUCAGUCGAAGGAAGUGCUUAGCAAGGUUAACGAAACAUCGCUAAGCAUGAUGGAGAAAGACUGUGAGAUUACCCAGCUAAAACAACGUGUUGAUGAGCAGGACAAGUUACUGCAGGUGCUUGAAGAGGAACGCAUCAACAUAGAAAAAGACGCAGAGGCGCUUAAACAAUUACGCGACGACGAUUUAUCAAAGUAUGUCACAUUGGAGGUGGGCUACGAUCAGGAUAUAGUUAUUUUGAACAAUGUCAUUGAGGAACAAAGCAAGAAACUACAAGUCGCGGAUGAAAUGUAUUUGCAGUUAAAAUCCGAGAUAGUGGCACAGAGAGACUUGUGGGGUGCGCAGAAAAAUGAGAUGACCAGCAAAUUCGAGCAAGAGCUGUUGCAGCUUGAUUUAAUGUCACAGAAGGCUAAAGAGGCAUAUCAAGUUCUAGAAAAUGAAUUGCAACAUGUAAUAGAGGCACGUGACCGUGAGUGUGCCAGAAAAGAAUCUUUACGUGUCGAAAUGGACGCAAUGAACGAAAUGUGUGAGAAUACGAAACGUGAAAAUAAUGUACUCUCAAUGCAGUUGCUGGAACAAGCGGAGCUUUCUAAAGAUUAUGAUUUAAAGACUCAACAAUUGACUGAGCUAGAGCAAGUGCUGCUACGUGAGCAAGCAAAGUACAAAAAUGAGCGGGAGCAACAGCAAGAGGAGAUCCAACUGCUGCAAGCUAAAUUCGAACGAUCGACAUCCGACAAGGAACAUUAUGCUACCGAGUUGAAGAAAUCCAAGGAACAAGUGGAUGAAUUGCAACAAAAGCUACAACUUUUGGAGCUGGAGUCUGCUAAUAACAAAAAUGACUAUGAAAAUCAAAGAGCCAAGCAUGUCGAGCAGCUGAAUGCUCUGACAGCGGUCCAUAAGCAAGAACUCUUGAGUGUGCAGAAAAAUUACAAUGACAUUGUAAAGCAGGAUAAAGAAAAGAGUAAAACUAUAGCUGAGUUAGAGUUUAAAAUAGGCCGCUUGGGCAGCGUUUUAGAACAGCCAAUUGCAGCUAGCGCUAAUAUACAAGAAGCAGAUGAAUUAAACUCACCAGAUCUGGCUGAGGCAACUUCUAAUGAAUCCAGCUGCAUUAUGGAAAUCAGAGAUAUUGCUACAAGCGUCGCUGUUAAAAAUCAGGCCAGAAAUAGAAAUAUUCGAACUAAAGCUGGCAAGCGCUCCAACAGACAGCCUAUCUCUUCGUAUCAGUCAGACUUUGAAUCGAACUCUGACGGUGAUUACGUAAAUUCGAAGGAACUAACUGGCUUACCUAAAGCUAAGCGUUCUCGUCUUUUUGUGAAGUCUGAUAAUGAUAAACUCUUUGCCAAUCUGAAAAAAUAGUUUGGUAAAUUGAGAUAAAAAAACUUGAUUACUACAAAUUUAAAAAUAUUAAAAAACUACUUUUAUUAAUUUUGCAUUAGCUAAGCCAGGCGCUUAGUUAUUGUCAAAAAGUACACUAUUUUGCUAUUCAAUACUGUUUUUGAUAAGCAAUACUAAGCGGUUAGUAAUUUGCUUUAUAAAUACACUAUUAUCAUCAUCAGACACUAACUCAUCCAUACUAACGGAUCAUAUA